AUGUCUAUUCAGCCAAGGCUUCCGGCCAAGGACCUGCCUGAGCCGCCGGCGCCGCUGAAAUUUGACUCAUGGAGUCCCAUCGACUACCCAACACUACCACCGAACAGACCGCUGCCACCCAGACCAGCGAUGAAGCCAGCAGACAGCCCCAAGCUUUCUCAACCAGCCCGUCCACCACCACUCAAGCCGCAAGCGCCCUUGGGCAUGAAUCCUCCAACGAGACCUGGUACGGCGACAAGCAGCCAGGUAUCAGGGUCAACAGCUCUAAGGUUCCCCGGUUCGUCAAAGAGGCUCUCUUGGACAUCGAUCACAAGGAGACCCAUCAAGUACGGGCAGGGGAGAUACGGCCGUGUCGAACUGGUGCCACAGCCUAGCGAUAAUCCCGAUGACCCUCUGCUCACAAGAAUCCAGAACUGGCCGAUGUGGAGGAAGGAGCUCAACUUUUGGUCGCUUCUAAUCACGGUAGCCAUCACUGGUGUGACAAAGACGAUAUUUAUGACUGUUAAUGCCCAGCUCACCGAAAGCUAUCUGGUUUCUUACACUGCUGUUGCCGCCCUAACCGGCGUGCCCCUUAUUCUUUCCGCCCUAAGUGGCGUCUCUUGUCUCGUCGCCUCGAGGAUAUGGGGCAAACGACCACUGUACUUGGCCUCGCUGCUAUUCGUGUUCAUUGGAACGGUCUGGAAUACCAAUGCUGCGAGCAGUUACGCCCAGUGCAUGGCUGCAAGGAGUUUCCAGGGGCUGGGCUGGGGAGCGUUCGACACGCUCGUUCUGGGGUCUAUCCAAGACACCUACUUUGAACACGAACGCGGUCUCCGCAUCGCUAUCUACUCGAUUGUCGCUGUGGCGACAACUUGGGGGACCCCAUUGAUCAGCGGAGUUACCUCCGAAGGCCCCGCUGGUUUCAGCCUACAGUUUACCAUCCUCAGCGCCUUCUUCGUCGUGGCCGUCCCUGCUAUCGCCCUGGGCGCGCCAGAGACCGCGUUCGACCGAACCUUCACCGUCGCCGAGACCCCCUCCACAGCCACGAGCCACUACAAGCUCUCCGUCCCGCUCACGCCGCGGCGCCUUUUCUCCUUAGAAACCUUCACCAACUACAUCGUCAAGCUGAAGCCUUACGCUUACAGCAGCACCGCGGACCUUACUAUGCUUCUCCAGGCGCCGCGGGCCUUCAUCACGCCCACCACAGCCAUCCUCACCCUUGUCUCCCUCCUCCCUCACGCCUCUCUCUGGGGCCUCGCCACUUCCCUCUCCCUCCUCUUCUCCCCUCUACCAUUUGUCCUCUCCCCAGGCACCAUCGGCGCGUUAUUCCUCGCCCCCUUCCUCCUCUCCACCGCCGCCGUCGCAGCCCCAGUCCUCAUAUCUUACUGGCAAGCCCGGUUCACCGUCAAAAUCCAUAUGGCCGCCCUCGCAACUGGCUCCGCCCUAACCUUCAUCGGUAUCCUAACAUUCGGCCUGCACCUCGAAAGCGCCAUGACCCCACCCCCCUUCUCUUCCUCCUCCCCAGACCAACCCGUCUCAAUCUACGCGCUAGACUACCUCUCCCGGCGCGUGAACCUCCCCGCAGCAAGCUUCGUUCUAGGCCUCCUCGCCGCCGGCGUCUCCCUCCUCGACGCCGCCCUGGCACUGCCCGUCGUGCGCGCCAGCACAGCCUUCACGGGAUCGAGCCACGCCGUCGCCACGCGCAACACGGCCGACAUGCUGGCCGGCGGCGCCUGUUGGCGGUCCCUGGCCGCGGGCGUGUUUGUCGUCGCCGUGCCGGGGGUGGUUUGGUGCUGGGAUGGGCUGAGGAAGUUUUGUAUUGGGAUUACCGUGGCGCAGAUGGUUGUUGCAGCGGCGGCGGGGGUGACCGCCAUGGAGAGGUCUCUGGACUGUGACAUGAAACCAGGGAACGAUCUUUUUGCACGUUCGCAGCCAGACGUAGCCGUGAAUAUCUCGUUCCAUGUGCCGAGAAUGGCCUCCGCAGCCCUCUAG